CCAGCCGUGGCCAACACUCCUCAGGAACUGGCAGCUUCUGGCGGUCGACCACCCAGGCUACAUGGCCUUCCUCACGUACGAUGAGGUCCGCGCACGCCUGCAGGCCUGCAGGGACAAGCCAGGCAGCUACAUCUUCCGACCCAGCUGCACUCGCCUGGGGCAGUGGGCCAUCGGCCACGUGAGCUCAGAUGGCAGCAUCCUGCAGACCAUCCCUCACAACAAACCCCUGUUCAAGGCGCUCCUGGAAGGACAAAAGGAAGGCUUCUACCUCUACCCAGAUGGGAAGAACCACAACCCAGACCUGACUGAGCUCUGCCACAUGGAACCCCAUCAGCUCAUCCACGUGUCAGAGGAGCAGCUGCAGCUGUACUGGGCCAUGAACUCCACGUUCGAGCUCUGUAAAAUCUGUGCUGAGGCCAACAAGGACGUGAAGAUCGAGCCCUGUGGGCACCUGCUGUGUAGCCGCUGCCUGGCCGCCUGGCAGCAAUCAGACAGCCAGACCUGCCCCUUCUGCCGAAGCCAGAUCAAGGGCCGAGAGGUCGUGAGUAUCCAUCGAUCCCAAGGGAGGCCAGCGGAAGCCAGGGCCACUGCUGAGGACUCAGGGAGCAGCGAUGGCCAGGAAAACGGCGAGGAAGAGCUGGGGCAGGUGGUCCCCUCAGCCCCCCCACUGCCCCCUCACCCGGACCUGCCCCCUCAUCUGAAUCCGCCCCCUCGCCUGGAUCUGCCUCCUGAGCAUCCCAGAAGUAAAGGCCAGCUGAAGGUGGGGCCUCCGGCCUUCCCCAAACUUCGGGCCCCUCUUAUUUUGCCAAGAAUGAGGACUUCGGCCUCAGCCUCAGCCCCACGGGACAUCACCUCCAGGCCCCGGGCCAGGGAGGGAGCCGCAAAAAACUCUUAAAGGGAAGGUCACCCCUCCAGCUGCCCCUGUGGGGCCCAUGAUCGCUGCCCAGGCCUGGAGGCCAGGGCACAAGAUCUGCUGCUAAAGGAGCCCCAGUGGCUUCCCGGCUGGAGGGGUUUAUGAAGCGGAAAUAAACUGCCACUGCCCAGC